GUAUGACCAGAAAAUGAUAGGUUAUGUGAUAUAAACUGCUGCAUUAGAGUAGGGUGCAAUUUAUUUACUGGUCUUAGUUCCUACAUUGCACCCAGCAAAGUAUAUGGAACACAUCAUAAUGCUAAUUCAGUUAUUUAUACCAACAUAAAUAUAAACAUUUGUACUUACUUCCUUCAGAUAUAAUUCGGCUACAGAAUGCAAGCAAUUAUGGCUACUGAAGAAGUUGAAUCCUUGGACCCUACUAUGCUUAUCCCUACUUACAGCAGCAAGGGUAUGGCAGUUCGCAACAUGGAUGUCGCUGGCAGUAUCACAACAGUGCGCCCAUGUGCUCCUGCAUUGUCAUUGGUUGAACUGGGCAAGAGGCUGCUUCUGAGUGCCAAGGAAGGUGACACAGAGCAAGUACGACUUCUCAUGAGCAAAGGAGCACCAUUUACUACCGACUGGCUGGGAACGAGUCCACUUCAUCUGGCAGCUCAGUAUGGUCAUGCCACUACAGCUGAAGUACUCCUACGAGCUGGGAUAUCACGUGAUGCUAGAACAAAAGUUGAACGCACGCCACUCCACGUUGCAGCUCAGGAAGGCAACACUGCCAUUGUACAGUUGCUGCUAGCCCAUGGAGCAGAAGUUGAUUCCAAGGACAUGCUGCGCAUGACCCCGCUGCAUUGGGCAGUGGAACGUGAGCAUGUGGGCACUGUGGAGGUACUGCUGCAGAACGGGGCUAACCCCCAUGAGGUUAGCAAGUUUGACAAAACCGCAUUCCACAUUGCACUCGACAACAAUCGCCACGACAUUGUGCAGCUGCUCCAGUCAGCUGCAGAACGAUUGUCACCUCUCCAGUCACUGUCAGCUUCAGCCACUCAGCAGGCUAUGGAAGAGGCAACACUAGCUGCCACUCAGAGCCUUGCAGUUGAAUUGGCACAGGUGCCGACUCCUUCCCACCAGGAAGAGGUCCAAACUUCUACCACUUCUUCCUUCACUGUAGAAACUGCAUCAUCACAGUCGUCUCCACUCGAGAGGCGGCAGGAAUUCUCGGCACAGCCUCCGAAGAAAGAUAAGAUGUCAUUUAACACAGGCUCUUCAUACCAAAAGAAACUUCAAGGUAGUGCUACUUUGCAACUGCUGCAAGCACACGGUAUUACAAUGUUACCCGCAGAUGACACCACACUUGUAGCAUCGGCUGUGGAGAGUGGACAGACUGUGGUGCUGACAGAAGCAGGGAAGCUGGCCUUGAAUCUUACGGAGGGGAACACAAGUAAUACAGGCCACUGUAAGACUGUAAGUGGCAACACAGCAGCUGUAGUCCAACACAAAGCCAUGCCCAUAACAUUACCUGCUACAGCAAAGAAGAAAGUGAUUACCAUUCGUACAGGGCAGCUCAUUGGCAAGAGUGGGCCCAAUAUUCUGAAACGGGUCGAUCCUGAUGGGCUUGGUGGCCCUCCCACCAAAAUACUGGUGGCUAGAGCAGGCGUACCUGUCUCCACUUCUUCCAGAAGUACAGUGAACAAUAUGACAGUGUCAGUGCCUCCUGUAAAUAUCUUGGCAACUAUCAAACGACAGCUGCAGGAAGCACGGAGGGAGGCGGAAGAGUACAAAAAGCUAUAUAGUCGUAAGGAGCGCGAAGCUGAGGAGUAUAAGCAGCAGUUGCAGAGCAUAACACAAGCAAAAUAGCAACAGGUGUAGGGCUAGAGGAGAACUGUGAAACUACAAGCUGCUGUACUGCCACAUCAAGUUCUUACAACACUGCGGAACAUGUUUGUCAUAGAAAUAAAAUUACGGUUCUGCUCUAGCUCUGUAUUACAGACUGUGUAGUUGUUCGUUAAAUGAUUGCUGUGCGGUUGACAGCAAUUGAACAGUUUAACAGCUGAAGUGAUAUGAACUGUGAAUCAUCAUUCCGUAAGAUAUGGAUGACUCCUUGUUGACAUAUGUUCUUGUUAUAACUUGUAUAGCAGCAACCUUUUUUGCAUGCCCAUUUAUCAAUAACAAUAAUUUAUGAAGACACCUUGUCACCUACUCACCGUCAAUUUUUGUAAAGUGACAUGAAAUCUGAAAGAACUUCACUCUUCAAUGAGUUUCUUAAAUAAAGAGAAUUAAAUUGGUGAA